UUUUUUUGUUGUCAUUUAAAAUAAUUAAGAAAAUAUUUCAAUUCAAUUUCACUUUUCAACAUAAUGGGGGACUCUUUUACACCAGGCAAAAAGGAUGCAGCUACAGAAACUUCCCAAGGAGAUGUUACAGAUUUAACAAUUAUAACUUCGGAAAUAUCAAAUGAAAGUAAAGAAACUCUAAGAAACCUUGAAAGAUUUGGAAGGCAUCGCUCUUUUCGUGUUGCUGAUGCUGCUACCGAAACCGAUUUUCCAAUGGUUAACAGUCUGACCGUAUCCUUUACCCCAACGUUGAAGCAAGAAAUUCAAGAUAAAAGAGAAUCCUUAGACAGCUUUAAAAAUCUGCCUUCAACGAGCUCCAGUGAGCAAGUCAUUAAAUUGCAACCCCAAUUUGCUUUGAAAUCCAGCAAGUCGCAGUUUGUCAGCAGAGUCGAUAGUAUCGAUGACAGGAAAGAUAAACGUUUUACCUUGGGCCACAGCAAGUCCCAAUAUAGCCCUAAAUUUCAAGGCUAUGACGAGGAAGAUGAUCUAGCCAUUUCUAAUCUACAAAAGGGAAAUGUCUUUGUUUAUAUGAUCAUACCUCCUGAUGGUGGCUAUGGUUGGUUCAUUAUGUUUAUAUCCUUUUGCUGUCAAAUUGUGGUGGAUGGCAUUAUCUUUGGCAUUGGCGUCAUACUACCUUACAUAGCUCAAGAGUUUGGCGUGCCUGGCUCAAAAGUGGUCUUGGUGGCAUCCAUGCAAGUGGGCUUUUAUUUCCUGUCUGGAACUUUAUCCAGUGCCUUUAUCAAUAAAUUUGGUUUUCGUCCCGUGGCUUUGGCUGGAUGUCUCUUAUCCAUAACCUUGUUAACGGUGGCCACUUUCAGCAUCAACCUUCCCAUGAUGAUAAUUUUCUACAGCAUUUUAGGAGGUCCUAGCCUGAGUAUGAUCUGGGUAUCAUCUCAACUUAUUAUUGGCUACUAUUUUGAAAAAUAUCGUCCCAUUGCCAAUGGCCUGUCUUGUUCUGGGGCAGGUGCUGGCAUUAUGAUGUUUGCCUAUAUGAACAAUGUGCUGGUGGUCUCUUGGGGUUGGCGUAACCUAAUGCGUUUGCAUGUGGCAUUCUUGCUGUUGGUAUUUCUAAUGGUUUUGACUUUUGUGGAGAUGGCUCCAACCAAAGUGGGUAGAAUGAAGGAGGCAAAUUGGGAUGACAGCGAUUCGGAUUCUUAUGAUUCAAUAACCGAUAUGAUACGAUAUUCACGUUACUCACGUUAUUCGUUGAAACACAAUGAGGAUAUCUAUGACAUGGGGGAAAAUUUUCAAAAUAUAAUGGAAAAAAUGGAAGAUUUAGCGCCCACACUACCACAACAUAAAGGGUGUUUUGCAACAUGCCUAAAAUCCUGUUGCCCCUGCCUUCAAAGUUUCUUACAACGCCCAUGGCAAGCCCCAGCCCAAGAAGCUCAACACUAUGUCAUACAUCAGGAUCUCAUGGAACGACAAGACCUCUUCUACAUGGGUCCCAGACAGGGUUCCCAUGAUAUUGAUGCUGGUGUCAGUGCUUCUACUACUACAACCCCUGGACCUCGCAAAUCUAUUAUCUUCGGUCCCACGGAGGUACAUACCAUCUCCUUGGAUGACAUAGAUGAGAAAAUCAAUUCAAAGCGAAUCAUCAACAGAUUAUCCACUAUGACACUUCCUCGCUCCAUAGCAGAUCAUCGAAAGUCCUACAAAGAAUUGCAGCAAACUCAUCGCUUUCCCCUAUUGGCUUUUCUGCGACCUAAAAAUCUCAUACAUCCAAAAAUACGAAAUGCCUUCAAUAUGUUAUUUGAUUUUCGUUUGUUGGCCCUUAUGGAGUUUCGUGUGCUCUUGGCUUCGGCAUUUCUGUUUCCCAUGGGUUUUAAUAUACCAUUUGUAUACUCCACAGUGCGUGUACAAAUUGAGCCGAGUUUUGCAAAGCUAAUUUCACCCUCCAUUGGCUUCUCGAAUUUUGCCUUUCGCAUUGCAUCAGGUUUUGUGGCAUACAAAUUUCGUGAGCAUACAACAUUCAUAUGUGGAGGCGGCAUGGUAUUCGGGGGAGUAGCCGUUUUGGCGAGUGCCUUCUAUGGCCACGAUGUGGUAUGGUUCCAGUUUCUGUAUGCCAUCUGUUAUGGCAUAGCCCCAGCUUUUUAUUCCACUCUGCGUGCUAUUAUCUAUGUUCGUUCCUUGGGUUUGGAUAAAUUAACGAAUGCCUUUGGCCUGACUGCUUUGGCCAUGGGAAUGGGCGUUUUUAUUGGCACAACCGCUGGUGGUAUCCUCAAUGAUCUGACCGGCGAUUAUACGGCUUCAUUUGCAUUUGCGGGAAUUUGCAUUAUUGUCGCGGGCUCUCUGAAAUUGUUAUUGCCACAUCUAAGGGACCAGUGAGGUCAAUGCAAGCAGCUCGAAAAAGUGAAAGGCAUGUGAAAGCCACAAUGGCGUUAUCUUCAAAUGCAAUUUUGUACAGAUGAAGAAGAAGAAGCGAGAAAUGGAGACGACAAAAUUAAGCCAAGGGAAAACGGAAAUCAGUGCAAACACAUCUAGGACAAUGAAAUGCAGGAAAUCAGUGUGAACAUAUCUUGGAUAAUAAAAAUGGCCAGGGAUUAUUUCUGUA